GUGAGUGGGCGCUGGAGGCGGGCGCUGCUGGCCAGAAGGUUCGGUUGCGAGUGUGCCAUGGACUCAGCUGCCCGGUGAUAUUGACAAUAGGAGAGAGAAAGGGGCAUUGACGGGGACUCACCGCGGGCACUGAACGGCGGCUCUGGCAGCGGCGGCUCCAGCCCCAGCGGCUCCUUCUUCUCCUUCCUUCUCCUCCUGCUGCCUCUGCGGAUCCAGUCUUCCUCCCUCCCUUCCCCCCUCCCCUCGUCGUCGCUGCAGCCGCCGGGUCCGGGGCAACGAGCAGAGGCGCCGCCCGCCGGGAAUGUGAGCGAGGAGCCACCGGCGGAGCCGCAGCGGGGUCGGUGCCGAUUUGAUGGGACGGGCCCGCGGGGGAGGAUCGUGAGGCCGCCGCCGCCGCCGCCGCCGGAGCGCUGAGGUUCAGGUCCGGCCGUGAGGCCUAGAGGCGCCGCUGCCGCGGAACCGGAGGGACGCCGCGCCGGACAGCCGUCGCCCCGGGCUCCCUGCCGCUGUCCGGACCUCCCCCCGCACGCCCCGGUCCCGCCACCCGCCCCCGCUGCGGCCCUCUCUCCCGUCUCCCGCCCCUCUGAAACCACAGAUCAUCUUCGGAUUCUUCUCCAGAAGCUUCAAGUAGGGAUAUGUCCUCAGCACCAACUACUCCUCCAUCAGUGGAUAAAGUAGACGGAUUUUCUCGGAAGUCCGUCAGAAAAGCCAGACAGAAGAGGUCGCAAAGUUCCUCACAGUUUAGGUCUCAAGGCAAGCCUAUUGAGUUAACACCUCUGCCGCUGCUAAAAGACGUUCCAUCCUCAGAGCAGCCUGAACUGUUCCUAAAGAAACUUCAGCAGUGCUGUGUCAUUUUUGACUUCAUGGACACGCUAUCUGAUCUUAAAAUGAAAGAAUACAAGCGCUCCACUCUUAAUGAACUGGUGGACUACAUUACAAUAAGCAGAGGCUGUUUGACAGAGCAGACUUACCCUGAAGUAGUUAGAAUGGUGUCUUGCAAUAUAUUCAGAACUCUCCCUCCUAGUGACAGCAAUGAAUUUGAUCCAGAAGAAGAUGAACCUACCCUUGAGGCAUCGUGGCCACACUUACAGCUUGUAUAUGAGUUUUUCAUACGAUUUUUGGAAAGCCAAGAAUUCCAACCCAGCAUUGCCAAAAAAUACAUAGAUCAGAAAUUUGUAUUACAGCUUUUGGAGCUGUUUGACAGCGAAGACCCACGGGAACGGGACUACUUAAAAACAGUCUUACACAGAAUUUAUGGCAAGUUUCUUGGUCUUAGAGCAUUUAUCCGAAAACAGAUUAACAAUAUUUUUCUAAGGUUUGUUUAUGAAACAGAACACUUCAAUGGUGUAGCUGAACUGCUGGAAAUAUUAGGAAGUAUUAUCAAUGGCUUUGCUUUACCUCUUAAGGCAGAACACAAACAGUUUCUGGUGAAAGUGUUGAUCCCUUUACACACUGUGAGGAGCUUAUCACUCUUCCAUGCCCAGCUGGCAUAUUGCAUAGUACAGUUUCUGGAGAAAGAUCCUUCACUCACAGAACCAGUUAUUAGGGGAUUAAUGAAAUUUUGGCCCAAAACAUGUAGUCAAAAAGAGGUUAUGUUCCUUGGGGAGCUGGAAGAAAUAUUGGAUGUGAUUGAACCUUCACAGUUUGUUAAAAUCCAAGAACCUUUGUUUAAACAAAUUGCCAAGUGUGUCUCUAGCCCCCAUUUUCAGGUGGCAGAAAGGGCACUCUAUUAUUGGAAUAAUGAAUACAUCAUGAGUUUGAUAGAAGAGAACUCUAAUGUCAUCCUUCCCAUCAUGUUUUCCAGUCUUUAUAGGAUUUCAAAAGAACAUUGGAAUCCGGCUAUCGUGGCAUUAGUGUACAACGUGUUGAAGGCGUUUAUGGAAAUGAACAGCACCAUGUUUGAUGAGCUGACAGCCACAUACAAGUCAGAUCGUCAGCGUGAGAAAAAGAAAGAAAAGGAGCGUGAAGAAUUGUGGAAAAAACUGGAGGAUCUGGAGUUAAAGAGAGGAACGUUAAUGGGAAUUCAAUGUAAAGCUGGCAGAGGCUGCCAAAGAUGAAAACAGCUUACUUUAAAAGUACUGGAGCAAAGGUGCAAGUUCAAAUGCUAAAGAUAAAAAUAAAUUUGUAACGAAUCAUCUCCUUUAGCCCUUUGAUUUUAGCCUGUUAGUUUUAACUCUGCUUUACAUUUAAUUUUGAUAAUAUAAACUUUUGUUUGCCAUUAAUUCAUCUUUUUAGAUUGAGGACAUUACAAUCACAGGUUUAUGAAAUAUCUCUGCCCAUUAGAAUGAAAUGCAGUCAUUUGAGAUGAGAAAGACCAGGAUCCUUUUUUGCACCUUACCCUGUGCUCAGAGUUAAGGUGAGAGCUACACCGAUAUCCUUGAUGUCAAUUUCAUAUGUUGAUCAUUCCAAACUGAGAAGAAUAAAGCCAAAUUUUAGACAUAUUUAAAGUUAUUAUAGAUAUAUGUCUAAAAUUCAUAGGGCAACUUCUGAGAAGAAACACUGUCUUUUCUUUUUUAACUGAAAGUGACAAUGUGGCAUUUGUCACGUUGUGUCCAGUGAUGCACAGUAACUGAGGUAAUCUGACUGUUGCACUAUGUGACAUAUUUAAGGACGUACUUGCUGCAUUUGCAGCAGCCCUCUCUUUGUCCUUUCCCACAUUUCUGCUGUUGCUGCAACUUGAGUUAAUUGUGACAAAUGCAUCUUUGUGUUAUAUUUUGUUUGCUUCCUAAUUUCCAGAACUAUAUAUAAAUAUAUUUUUUAAAUAGCAAAUAUUGUAGUUAGUGAGUGAUGAUCACUCCAACCUUAUCCCUACCAUAUUGGUUUCAGGGGUAGGAUUAAGAGUGUCUUUGGAAGAAAAAACAAAAAACAAAAACAGAACCCUGUGGUUUAGAAGGAUGCUGAGGCCUUAGGCUGUGGGCCUAGAACAACCAUGUGAGUGAAUUGACCCAUCUCAUACUUUGAAUCAAGCAUGCAUUCCUUUUCUCGUUGUGCAGGUGUCUCUAGUUGUUUUCCUUCAGUGUUUUCGUCCUUUUAAAUUUUAUUAUAUUUUGCUCUCCCUGACAUCUGUUUUUUAUAAAAUAAAAAAUAAAAAAAGUAAGACAUAGAUAAUACCCUCAAUGCCUCUGGAUACUCACAAGCAGGGUUAUGCUCCUUCAUCUUGGGCUUGCUUGCCUAAAUGGAAGGGUUUAAUUUAUUUUGUACCUCCUUCUAUGCGUGGGACAGUCCAGGGUGCAGAGCUAGGAAUUGCUUAUAAUUGCACCUGCUAUACUUAAAUGUAUAGCCCUAGGCUCAAUCACACUAUGGAAAGAAAAAAAAAAGUAUAUUUAGAGCUUUAAAAGCUUUUUUAUUUUUUUGUGGGGAUCGGGGGGUGGGAAAGGGAAGAUGUAUGGAUGUUAUUGGCAUUUUUAAAUGUUCAGAGGUUUUUGUUUUGUUUUGUUUUGUUUUGUUUUGUUUCUUCUGUUUUGUUUUUUCUUCCCUUUAAUUGGAUGCACUGACCUGGCCCAAGAAAUGAAGAGAUUCUCUCUUUUGAUGCUAUUACCAAUGUUACAACAAAGUGACAGUCACCUGUAGCAAAAAGGUGGCACCAGACAUGAUCAGUGAUAUUUUAUUUGCACAUCAAUAUUUUUAUUUUUAUAUUCUGGCUCAGCUGCUUCUCUGAGUGGAGUUAAGGAAUGAGCCACAAAGGAUUUUUGUAGUAGCUAUAUUGGCAAUGCAUUUUAUAUUUCUCAGUAUUUAAUUUUGAAACUCUAAAAGGAUUGUGCAUCUUGAGAGAAAGUUGAGCAAAUUUUAAUCUAGUGUUAAUUUUUGCUGCUUCUUGUGCACGAUAGCAGCAGUAGUAUCUCUCUUGGAAAUAAACAUCCCAUAUUAUGAUGUCUAUGAAUAUAGGUUUCCUUUUCUACCCUCCCUUCCUCCCUCCUUCCUUCCCUCCCUCCCUCCCUCCCUCCUUUCUUUCCUUCCUUCCUUCCCUUCUCUUUCUUUACUUUUUUGGAAAUCACUUAUUGUAUAUAAGUUGUAAUCCAGACCUCAUGUAUCAAUGGGGAACUUUCAAAUAUAAAUAUUACCAAUACAUUUUCUGGUUGUUGUCUGAUUUUUGAUUGAGGUAUAAUGAGAAUGACAUGUCCAUUGCUUUUGGUUUGAGGAUUUCGCUUUAGCUUCAUAAAUCUUUUGGUAUUUUAGUAUUUCAUUGUUUUAGCAGGAGAGGGCAGCAAAAGUUCAUUUUCCUUGUUAGAAAUGCUGUGGUUCAUGAUUGGUUUUAAAUUUAGUUGUGUGUGUGUUUUUUUUAAACAGCAUCUGUUUGUGGGUAGAGGUAAAAAUGAAACAUUUUUGAUAUGAAAAGUUGCAUAUGAAAAUUAUAGACUGGUUCAACCAGACAGUGAAGACUUCUGAUCCACAUUAAAGUUAAAAUGCCACAAAGCAAUCUUCCAGCGCUGGCUAAAAUAUGCUACUUCCUUUUCAAACACAACAAAAUGCAAGCCGAGUCUUAAAACAUUUGGAGUUUUAAAAUGUCUUUCUUUGAAAAUGAUUUACUUUCUUCAAAGUGGUAACAGAAACAAAAAUGAAGGUGCUCCCAAAGGGAAAUGUAACCUUCCCCUUUCACAGGUGUGUGAGAGGUUCUGUACUGUGGGUGCAUCCUAAUAAAGAAGCAGUGAAGAGUU